CGCUGUUGUUGCUAUUCAGAACGAGAGGGGUGCUGCAGCUAGAGAGGCGCAAGAGGAGCUUCAAUUUACAAGUAAAUCCUAUGCGAAACUGAACUGGAUGCAAGCCGGAUUCAACUUCUACAAACGCAGCGCAUGGAAUGCACGGAAAGCACACGACUCGGGGUCAGUCGGAUUUUAAUAGCAAAGGAAAGGUGUAAGUGUGUGAAGAAAGUAGAAGGGAGAGGUGUUUGUUUCGCAAAGUCUUUACACUUGUGUUGAGUUUUUGCUGUUGCUGGCUGAGUGGUAAUUCAUUGGGAGUUCUAUUAUUCGUUUCGUUGUUUGGGACGAUGGCGCUGAGGGCGAGGGCUCUGUAUGACUUCAAUUCGGAAAAUCCCGGGGAGAUCUCUGUGCAGGAAAAUGAAAUCGUAACCCUGGACAGCGAGACGGAUAUUGAAGGCUGGCUGGAAGGAGUGAAUAGCCAUGGGGCUAGGGGUCUCAUCCCAGCUUCUUACGUGGAAAUCAUUAAGACUAGCGAGCUUGCCCCUUCUUUAAACAACGCAGCCAGCGAUGGGAUCGCGUCCAGGUAUACCAACGUUCCCAUCUGUGGAUACGACACUUCAUCUUACAUGAGCCAGACCCAGAAUCAAAACUUUACCCGAGCCCCGGCAGCCUUUACUUCGCUUUCUGUCCCUGUGCAGCAGCAGCAGAACUACCAGGAGAGCCAAGGCAGCGAUGAUGACUGGGAUGACGACUGGGAUGACAGCUCGACCGUAGCGGACGAGCCCGGGGUGAUGGGGGGCGGCAGUCCUGACAGCCGUGCGGCUGGAGCCGCUCGAUACAGGAUCUCCACCCGGUCCGAUACCUCUUCUGUAUACAGCAGGAGUGGUCAACAUCAUUCAGCCAAGGGCUCGGCGACUGUAAGUAGAAACCUCAACAGGUUCUCGACCUUUGUGAAAUCUGGCGGAGAAGCGUUUGUACUGGGGGAGGCAAUCGGCUUUGUGAAAGACGGUGACAAGAUCUGCGUGGUGAUGAGUCAGUAUGGCCCCGAAUGGCAGGAGAACCCGUACCCCUUCACGUGCUCCAUAGACGACCCAACCAAGCAAACCAAGUUCAAAGGGAUGAAAAGCUACAUGUCUUACAAGCUGACUCCCACGCACACGCAAAACCAGGUGAACCGCAGGUAUAAGCACUUCGACUGGCUCUAUGCCCGGCUAGUGGAGAAAUUCCCGGUUAUUUCGGUGCCACAUAUACCGGAGAAACAAGCCACGGGCAGGUUCGAGGAAGACUUCAUUUCCAAAAGAAGAAAGGGGCUGAUUUGGUGGAUGAACCACAUGACCACCCACCCAGUCCUGUCGAGGUGUGAUGUGUUUCAGCAUUUUGUGACCUGCGCUAGCACCGACGAAAAAGCAUGGAAGCAAGGAAAAAGGAAGGCGGAGAAGGAUGAAAUGGUGGGGGCCAAUUUCUUCCUUACCAUCAGCACCCCUCCGGCCCCCCUCGACCUGCAGGAGGUGGAGAGUAAAAUCGACGGCUUUAAAAUCUUUACUAAGAAGAUGGACGACAGUGUGCUGCAGCUCAACGCCACUGCAAACGAGUUCGCAAGGAAACAGAUCACUGGGUUUAAGAAAGAAUAUCAGAAGGUAGGCCAGGCUUUUAAAUCCCUGAGCCAAGCGUUCGAGCUCGACCAGCAGCUGUACUCCGCGGGGCUGAACCAUGCCCUCUCACACACUGGAGACGCGUAUGAUGCCAUCGGGGAGUAUUUUGCAGAACAGCCCAGACAGGACGUUGACCCAGUGAUGGACUUGUUAGCUCUAUAUCAGGGACACCUGGCAAACUACCCGGACAUCAUCCACGUCCAGAAAGGAGCCCUCACCAAAGUGAAGGAGAGCCAGAAGCAUGUGGAGGAGGGGAAGAUGGAGGCGCAGCAGGCAGAGGGCAUCAGCGAGCGCUGCAACAUCAUCUCCUUCACCACGCUGGCGGAGAUCCAGCACUUCCACCAGGUCCGCGUGCGCGACUUCAAGGCCCAGAUGCAACAGUUCCUGCAGCAGCAGAUCUGCUUCUACCAGAAGGUCACACACAAACUGGAGGAGACUCUGCAGAAAUACGACAGCGCCUAAGAGGCCCCCUUCUUUCCUUCCUUCCUUCCCCCUCUCCCCAACGCUAAACAACAGCUAGCCCUACUUCUGCAAUACCAAGAGAAACACACACCAGUUACCCUCUGCAAUCCUGCUCCAAUCAGGUUCUGCAAUACCAAGAGAAACACACACCAGCUACCCUCUGCAAUCCUGCUCCAAUCAGAUUCUGCAGUACCAAGAGAAACACACACCAGCUACCCUGUGCAAUCCUGCUCCAAUCAGAUUCUGCAAUACCAAGAGAAACACACACCAGCUACCCACUGCAAUCCUGAUCCAAUGAGAUUCUGCAAUACCAAGAGAAACACACACCAGCUACCCAUUGCAAUCCUGAUCCAACUGGAUUGUGCGCCACUGUUGUUUUCACAGUGGUUUAGGGUCUAGUGACUAUACCCUGACCUUACUGAGAAAACAAGGCACACAGACACAAGGGAGUUACAUAGAGCGUAGUCCUGUAGAUCAUCUUUAUUAGUAUUUAUUAGCAAAUCAAGUAAAACACUGUGGUGGUUUGUCUAUAGGGAGGGAGGUAUGUAGGUUAGUGGGACUAUAUUAGAAAAAAAACAUAAAACAGGAAGUAUAUUAGAAUAACAAGUCAUAUUUUGUAUGCUUACACAUAUUUGUUAUAUAUAUGCCUUACUGCAUUGUAUAAAAAAUGUUUUGAUAUGUUAGUGUUUAUUACGCAUCCAGCAUGUUAGAAGGAACCUGUGAUAAAGAUAUCUACCGUAGACUGGCCUGCCUUGGUUGCCUUGGGAUGCCCCCCUGGAUAAACUCGAGCCUCAACAAGAAAUAGCCGUUUACAAUGACCUAAUAGAGCAGCUGUCACCGCUGCCUUGUGCCUUUAGACUUCCUGUCUCUGUUAACCUUUGUAAUAACAAAUAGAUCCACAACAACAUCAUAAGGCCUUUCAAAGGAUUGACCAGCAAAGUAAAGCACAUCUCUGAUGUGAAGCCAAGCUGUAAAAGACGAAUGACCUCCCUCUCCAGUGUCUUGAAGAAUGACCUCCCUCUCUAGUUUCUUGAAGAAUGACCUCCUUCUCUAGUUUCUUGAAGAAUGACCUCCCUCUCCAGUGUCUUGAAGAAUGACCUCCCUCUCCAGUGUCUUGAAGAAUGACCUCCCUCUCUAGUUUCUUGAAGAAUGACCUCCCUCUCUAGUUUCUUGAAGAAUGACCUCCCUCUCCAGUGUCUUGAAGAAUGGCCUCCCUCUCCAAUGUCUUGAAGAAUGACCUCUCUCUCCAAUGUCUUGAGAAGUAAAGUUGCUUGUGUAUACAGUAGUUCAUGAUGAAAUGUGUGGUAUCCAUUGUAUGGUAUCCUGUGGCUUCUCUUUAAUCUUGAGGGAAUGUUACUAAUGAAGAAGCAAAGAAGACUGGAAUGUACCAAGGGAGUGGGAGAUCCAGGCUUGGUGUUUGCACUCAAGGCACCAGCAUAAACACAAAAACAAAAUCCAAACACCAGGCUUUUAUUCAAAGAAAGCAUGCUGGGUGUCUAACAACAGGAAGUACUUUUCCAAUCUCUCUAGAUCACUGCUUUGAAAACUGCUUUUAACUGUAAGCAGCAGCUAAAGCAAGACAGUCAUUGUGUAUUUUAUUUUGUAGGACUUCAUAUAAAAGUGAGCAAUUGAAAGCUGCAUCUCUUCAAGCUAUCCAGCUGCACCAUGCAGCUCCCAGGACCCAGUGUACCAACUUAGUACAAAAUAAACCCUUCCCACAGAA